AAGAAAGCCUUCUAGUGAUGAGUCUGUACAGAAUGGGAUGGUCAUGUCAAAUGAUAAAGCGAGCACGGAAGCACAACCUGUGAAUCCUGGACAAGUAGAAGUAAAGGAAGACUACAUAUAUGCGCAACCUGAUAAAUCUCGUAUUAAGCAGAAACAUAGUAAAAUGGAAAUAAGUAAACCGCAGAAAAUGUACGACAACAUUGCGAUUGAUCUAGAAGAAAAUGAAGCAACCGUUACGGAAUCUGAAACCGAUGUGGACAAAAUACAAUUAGAGGAAUUGGAAGAAGGUCCUACAAAGUUUAUAGAGACAGAAGUGAAACCACCCAGCACAGAUUUAUACUACAAUACGGCAAGUUUGAUUCGUAGUCGCAUACAGGUUUCAGAUCUUCUAGAAUACACUAAGAAGAAAACUGAUUAUGAAAAGGAAUUUGAGAAAUUACCCAGAGGUCUUACAAGAACGUGCGAUGUAGCUCUCAAACGAAACAAUCGCGCAAAAAAUAGGUAUAACGGAAUAUAUGCAUAUGAUGCGACACGGGUUGUUCUAAAAGCAAAAUCUAUUCAAUGCUAA